GUCACAUAAGCCAGCAACAUCUUCUUUCGAUAUUUCUAGACGAUUCGAUCAGAUUCUCUUUGCAUAAACCCCAACACACAACUCAACUCAACAAUGAAGCCUAGCACAGCAAUGAAAGCUCUCGUCGGAGAUGAGGCUGGCGGCUACAGACUCGCAGACGAUAUCGAGAUCCCCACCCCAAAGCCGGGCAUGAUUCUGUGUCAGGUGCGUUCAGUCGCCCUGAGCCCCUACGACGCAAAGAUCGUAGACUAUUCGAAUACCCCUGGCGCAAUAGGAGGCUGCGACUUUGCUGGUAUCGUAGCCUCAGUCGGCGAAGGUGUUACAAGGUUCAAGAAAGGCGACCGGAUCCUCGCCGUAACUUUUGGCCUCAACGCCUCAGACAAGACGGCGGGCGCUUUUGCCGAGUACGCCUUGGCGACUGAGGACUUAAGCUGCCACGUCCCCGAAAACAUAUCCUUUGAACAGGCAAGCUCAAUGGGUCUUGGCAUUGCCACUGCUGGACUGGCUCUCUUUCAAGCACCCGGGCUAGCCCUUGAACUGCCACGUCCAAAAUCCGCCGAAGACACACCUUCAUUCGUGCUGGUAUCAGGAGGAGCAACAGGUACCGGAACAAUGGCCACUCAGCUUCUCAAAAUAGCCGGAUAUACACCAAUCGUCACCUGUUCACCUGCCAAUAAUGCCAUAUGCGAGAGCUUCGGUGCCGCAGCAUGCUUUGAUUACCGCUCGUCUACAUGCGGCGCCGACAUCCGCGAGUAUACCGCGAACAGCCUUGUCUCUGUCUUCGACUGUGUGACCGACGCAUCGACGAUGCGGAUGUGCUACGAGGCGAUUGGUUCUUCUGGUGGCAGAUAUGUCGCGCUCGAAGCUGUUAGCCCUAUCGUCAAAUACACGCGACGAGAUGUCCGUGCCGACUGGUUGAUGGCUCCUACAAUUAUGGGAACACCAGUUGAAAUUCCGGGCACUUACGGACGCCCUAGCACCCCUGAGCACCGAGCUUUUGGAUUGAAUCUGUUCCUCCUAGCAGACAAGUUGCUGAACGAAGGCAGGAUUAAGAAUCAUCCUUUGGAAAUUAGGGCGGGAGGUUUGGCGAGUAUUCCUACGUACGUAAACGAUCUACGUGUUGGGAAUAAUGGUUCUUAG